AUGAGUGUUAAAGUACAAUUGAUACACUAACAAUGGGAUGAUAUUAGGAAAGUCUUAAGAGCCACUUAAAGAAAACUUACAAAUACUAAUAAUCUGUCCCUUACUAAUUGUGCACAUUCAAAUAAAAGCAAUGAUCAAGUGUAAAAAGAAGCAAUUUUUUCUGAUAAUGAGCAGGAGUUUUAUAAUAGCAACCCUAAUGCCCUAUUAUUAUUAAAAGAUACUUGUCGAAACACAAGGCGAAAGUUUUAUUUGAGCUAAAAAAGAAGAGAACUGUCUUCUUAAAAUGAUUAAGAGUUUUAUAGUUAACUACAGAGCAGAAGGGAACAAGCAAAAAAACAUAGAAUUCUUUAUAGCAAUAUUACAAAUUUUGAGAAAGCAAUAAAAUAAAUAACGACUCCGAAAGUAAGUUUAACAAGACCUUCUACAAGAGUCAGAUAAAAUAGUUAAGAGAUCUAAUUAAACAAAAUAAAAUUAAAUUAAAUAGAUUCAAAUAAAAAUAAUAAGGCAAUUCCAAAUGAAACUCAAAAUUGCAAUCUUAGUGGUGAUAAAAAACAAAUGAAGAAGAAUUCUAACAAUUUUUGGCAUCGAAUAAAAACUCCGUCUCUAGAUAAUAAAGAUAAUAUCACUUAAAUUUUAAAAAAAAGAUUCAAAAAGAAAAAUGAUUUAUCCCUAGAUAUCUGUUGUUUCAAUUAUGAAUCGUUGAGGUUAUUAAAUUAAGCAAAGACACCUACUAUGUAUUAUUAAUGA